GGAGCUCAUCAAGUUUUGGCGUAUGUGUUGGCGAUUUCUAAAAUCUUGACAGAAUUCUGCAGUGAAGAAGAUCAAAGCUGUAGACUUUGGCAGUCAGGGAAUGGACCGUUUGGGUUCCUUUAGCAAUGAUCCUUCAGAUAAACCACCUUGCCGAGGCUGCUCCUCCUACCUCAUGGAGCCUUAUAUCAAGUGUGCUGAAUGUGGGCCACCUCCUUUUUUUCUGUGCUUGCAGUGUUUUACUCGAGGCUUUGAGUACAAGAAGCAUCAAAGUGAUCAUACCUAUGAAAUAAUGACAUCAGACUUUCCUGUUCUUGAUCCCAGUUGGACUGCGCAAGAAGAAAUGGCUCUUUUAGAAGCUGUCAUGGACUGUGGCUUUGGAAAUUGGCAGGAUGUAGCUAAUCAGAUGUGUACUAAGACCAAGGAGGAGUGUGAGAAGCACUAUAUGAAGCAUUUCAUCAAUAACCCUCUCUUUGCAUCUACCUUGCUGAAUCUGAAGCAAGCAGAGGAAGCAAAAACGGCUGACACAGCCAUUCCAUUUCACUCUGCAGAUGACCCUCCCCGGCCUACCUUUGACUCCCUUCUUUCCCAGGACAUGGCAGGAUACAUGCCAGCUCGAGCAGACUUCAUUGAGGAGUUUGACAAUUAUGCAGAAUGGGACUUGAGAGACAUCGAUUUUGUUGAAGAUGACUCGGACAUUUUACAUGCUCUGAAGAUGGCUGUGGUAGAUAUCUAUCAUUCCAGGUUAAAAGAGAGACAACGGCGAAAAAAAAUUAUAAGAGACCAUGGACUAAUCAACCUUAGGAAGUUUCAGUUAAUGGAACGGCGGUAUCCCAAGGAGGUCCAAGACCUUUAUGAAACAAUGAGGCGAUUUGCAAGGAUUGUGGGGCCUGUGGAGCAUGACAAGUUCAUUGAAAGCCACGCAUUGGAAUUUGAACUCCGAAGAGAAAUCAAGAGGCUCCAGGAAUAUAGGACAGCAGGCAUUACUAAUUUCUGUAGUGCCAGAACAUAUGAUCACCUCAAAAAAACACGAGAGGAAGAGCGCCUAAAGCGUACCAUGCUCUCCGAAGUUCUCCAGUAUAUCCAAGACAGUAGUGCUUGCCAGCAGUGGCUCCGCCGGCAAGCUGACAUAGAUUCCGGCUUGAGUCCUUCUAUUCCAAUGACUUCAAAUUCAGGUAGACGAAGCGCACCACCAUUGAACCUCACUGGCCUCCCUGGCACAGAGAAGUUGAAUGACAAAGAAAAGGAGCUUUGUCAGAUGGUGAGGUUGGUCCCUGGAGCCUAUUUAGAAUACAAAUCCGCUCUCUUGAAUGAAUGUAACAAGCAAGGAGGCUUGAGAUUGGCACAGGCAAGAGCACUGAUCAAGAUAGACGUGAACAAGACCCGGAAAAUCUAUGAUUUCCUUAUCCGAGAAGGAUACAUCACUAAAGCCUGAGGCUCAGCAGACUUGAGAUCAGCAGUCAGAAGUUUGGAAUGUGGUGGACUGAAGGACAGCAUGGACAUUCUGAAGAAUUUGUUUUUGUACUGAAUUCUCACUGUAAAAAGAGGGGAAGGACAAAGGAAAACUU